UAUUCAUUCGAAGUUCGGUUCGUUUGAAAUACUCUUAUAUAUAAUUCUUACUUUUUKGUUGGAUAGAAUUCCAUCAGUUUAAUAUUAUUUCCAUUCAUAAUGCGUGUCWUUGGUAUCCUAUUAUUUGCCGUUAUUUUAAUGGUUGUCGUUUUGGAGAGCAAUGCAGAAGAGAAGAAAAARGUGAAAAAACUUCAAAUUGGAGUCAAGAAACGUGUUAAAGAUUGUAAAGUGAGGUCGACAAAGGGAGAUUCUCUUCAUAUGCAUUAUACAGGAACACUAGAGGAUGGCACCAAAUUUGAUAGUAGCGUUGAUAGGAAAGAGCCUUUURUCUUUACUCUUGGUGUGGGACAAGUCAUCAAAGGUUGGGAUCAAGGACUUUUAAACAUGUGCGAGGGAGAGAAAAGAAAACUUGUCAUCCCAUCUGAUUUAGGUUAUGGUGAUAGUGGUGCUCCACCAAAAAUUCCAGGUGGUGCUACUCUUAUCUUUGAAGUGGAGCUACUCAAAAUUAAUAAAAAAAACAAGGAUGAAAUUUAAUACAGCAAUUUACAGCUCAUACUACCUCAUAAAUAAGUGUUUUUUUUUUACUUUUUGUAAUGUUAUUUGUCAUCAAUAAAAGUGAUUAUUGUUAAUGUGU